AAUAAUAAUAAUAAUAAUAAUAAUAAUAAUAAUAAUAAUAAUAAUAAUAAUAAUAAUAAUAAUAAUAAUAAUAAAAAUAAUAAUAAUAAUAAUAAUAAUAAUAAUAAUAAUAAUAAUAAUAAUAAUAAUAAUAAUAAUAAUAAUAAUAAUAAUAAUAAUAAUAAUAAUAAUAAUAAUAAUAAUAAUAAUAAUAAUAAUAAUAAUAAUAAUAAUAAUAAUAAUAAUAAUAAUAAUAAUAAUAAUAAUAAUAAUAAUAAUAAUAAUAAUAAUAAUAAUAAUAAUAAUAAUAAUAAUAAUAAUAAUAAUAAUAAUAAUAAUAAUAAUAAUAAUAAUAAUAAUAAUAAUAAUAAUAAUAAUAAUAAUAAUAAUAAUAAUAAUAAUAAUAAUAAUAAUAAUAAUAAUAAUAAUAAUAAUAAUAAUAAUAAUAAUAAUAAUAAUAAUAAUAAUAAUAAUAAUAAUAAUAAUAAUAAUAAUAAUAAUAAUAAUAAUAAUAAUAAUAAUAAUAAUAAUAAUAAUAAUAAUAAUAAUAAUAAUAAUAAUAAUAAUAAUAAUAAUAAUAAUAAUAAUAAUAAUAAUAAUAAUAAUAAUAAUAAUAAUAAUAAUAAUAAUAAUAAUAAUAAUAAUAAUAAUAAUAAUAAUAAUAAUAAUAAUAAUAAUAAUAAUAAUAAUAAUAAUAAUAAUAAUAAUAAUAAUAAUAAUAAUAAUAAUAAUAAUAAUAAUAAUAAUAAUAAUAAUAAUAAUAAUAAUAAUAAUAAUAAUAAUAAUAAUAAUAAUAAUAAUAAUAAUAAUAAUAAUAAUAAUAAUAAUAAUAAUAAUAAUAAUAAUAAUAAUAAUAAU